ACGUGUAUGUGUGUCUCUGUGUGUGUGUGUCCAGCUCCAGUCUGUGCUGCAGUGGAUUAGUCAGCUGCAUUUAUUUAAGGUAUUGCAGAGAGAGCUCAGUAGUCCCGGACAGUGUGAGAGCGUCCGAUCUUCAAGAUGCAGCGCAUCUACAUGCACAGCAAUGAACACUUUGAGGUUUUCACCACUGUCCUUGCUCCACAAGGGAGGUAUCGAUACAGAGCAGAAGCUGAAAAGAUGGUAGUGGUGCACAGGUACAGGCCCCACUGGCCUGACGAGCUGGAGCUGUCUCCAGGUGACGUCACCCUGGUGCUGUCCAAACACGAGGAAGGGAGGUGGUUUGGGCAGCUGCAGAAUGGGCAGCGAGGUUAUUUCCCCGCCUCAUGUGUGAUGGAGCUGCGCCAGGCAAAUCUGCCUCCCAAAGGCCUUCGGAGGAGUUUAUCUGUGAGGACUACACCCGGUGACAGUGAACGCGGCAGAUAUGGGAAUGGACACAUUCUGCAGGCAUUCAAGAGGGGGAGCAGAGGAGGUGGAGGAGGAGUGGGGCUGGAGAAGGGCCAGGGUGAGCGUGAAGGCCCUUUCCUGGUUCGGAGCUCCCAGAUCCCUUUGCCUCAGCCCGUGGCCUCUCAGCCCCAGGCACAGAGAUCUCCAAACUUGCUCCACAGGAUCUUGUCCAAGUGCCGGAAAAAGAUUGAAUGCCAGGGAGCCACCAAUGGGGCCUUCGAGGGCGACUAAGAAACCCUUUUCUUUGUCCUGGGUGGCUGAGCUGAGAUCACUUUGGUGAGGUUGCACUCGGGGUGGAGGAUGAGGGGGUAGAGGAGCUUCUGAAAUGUGCAGAUGAGUUUUGAAUUUCCUGAUGUGGGCUUGUACUUGUGCUUUAUCAGGAUUUUCUAGAUGCAAGCAGGAGGUUGAAGGCUGAAUGUAAACACCCUGAUUAGUGAUGUCACAGUAGUGUAUGUGUGUGUGUGUGUUUGUGUGUGUGUUACCCACUUUAUCUGAUGGGCAAAGCAUGCCGUGACAUCACUGAUGGGGGUGUUGUCUCAAGUGCAACAUGCUGGAAAGUUUGAAGGUGUUGCUCUUUUCUGCCCAGUGCUUCAGCUAAUCUAAAGUCAGGCUUAUAUUCUGAAAACUGUACAACAUUAGUCGCUGCAAUCAAAGCUCAAACAACGUAGCAGUUAGAUGCAGUCAGUGAAGCAGGAAGUGAUGCUUCAUGAUUAUUAAAUUUAGCCUUUUCUAUAACGCUGCCUUUAUUGAAUGUUAUUUCUGCUGUUGGUUUUGUUAUGGUCCUAAUUUUUUUCCUGUGAUUUGUUAAUGUGUGUCUAUGUCUAUUUAAUAUGCUGUAAUAUGUUACUGUGAUAAUGAUAAAACCAGCAAACCCUCCGUGA